AUGAUGCCAUUUGGUACAUCAUCAAUUUGUGCUAUUUGUAGAAAUCAACCAAGUAUUACAUCAUGCGAAGGUUGUCAAAAAAAAUUUUGUACAACAUGUUUAUCUCAACAUCGUGAUCAACUGUCAAUGGAACUUGAUGAUCUUGUUAAUCAUCGAAAUGAACUUUCUGAAAUUAUUAAUAGUGCUUCAUCAAACAAUACAAAUAAUAUUAAUCCUUGUUUCGAAGAAAUUAAUCGAUGGCAAAAUGAAAUGCAUAAAAAUAUUGAUCGUAUUGCAAUAAUAGCACGCGAACAAGUUCGACAAUUGUUAUCUGAAGCAAGUAAAAAUGUUCGUACUGAACUUGAUCGAAUUUCACACGAUUUACAACAAAGACAAAAAACUGGUGGAUAUGUUGAAGGUGAUCUUGAUCGAAUAAAACAACAAUUAACAAGUCUUAAUGGCAUAGUUCAGAGAUUUAAUGAACAAAUUCGAAUUGAUACAUAUAAUACAAAUAGUAUUAAUUGGGAUACAUUAUUAGUUGUUAUACCUAUUAAUGCAAGUCAAAAAAAUAUAAAAGUACCAAAUGUUUCAACAAAUUCCAUGUUGUAUAGUUCUUAUAAUCAAAGUAAAAGUUUUUUUUUAAUAGUAUAA